CGAAAAAUAGAAGCAAUAAAAAAAGCUGUUGUAGUUUGCACAAAAUUCAAACAUUUUUGGACACAAAUAACACAUUAAUCUCGCCUUCAAAACAAUUUCAAGCAGCUUUUUAACAAUAAUUUAGGAUUUGCCAGAAAUUAUGGCAGAGUAACAGAUUCUAUAUUUCAGGAAUUUCUAAAAAUUAUGAAUUUAAUUGGAACAUUGAAAACAAACAACAUUGGAUUCUAUACAGAAAAUUCUCUACAUGAUACAAACAAUUCAUCAAAUAUGUUUUUCAAUCAGUCACCGUUUCCUCGAAGGCCUGAGAAAGAGCCAUUGCCAUCUCAUUCAACAAGUCAGCCAGUCUCACAUCUAAACAACCUUUAUUCAGCUCCUGCAGUUUCAGCACCUGGUUCACAGCAAAAUUAUUUUGGAUCUGGUCUUGGAAGCCCAGGUGGUUUAACUCCAACAUCUGCAGUUCCUGGUGCACCAGGCAGUAGCCGAGGUCUCACAGGAUCUCCACAAUUUAGUAGGAGUAUUUCUUAUCCUGGUUACCAUGGUCAACUGUCAAAUGCCAGUUCAGGAUUGCAACAUUUAAAUAGUGUUAGUUCAACAGUCUCAUCAACUCAACCUGGCAGUAGAGGCAUUCUAUCAAUGGGUCAACGUAGUUCAGGUGUAAGCCUACCACCAGCUGGAAACUCGCAUAUUGGUGCCCAGGCAGCAUUCAAUUCCCUUGGCUCCAAACCUUCUAGUCGAGCACCUGGUUUGCCUGUCUCCACUAUCGGAAGAAGUUCUCCUGGUACAAUAGCUCAACAACAACAACAACAACAGCGGUCAUUUCUUGGCAGUUCGGGACACGGUGGUUUGGUCAACUCCACGGGUAAUUCGCUAGCAAGUGCGUUUGGUCCUCCAAGAUCUCAACAAAAUGUUUUUGGCCUGCCGGCAUCGUCAAUGAUGAGUGCAUUCUCCUCGCCUGGUCUAGGUAACGCGGAUACAAUCUCGUCAGUAGCAGCUAUCAACAGUGGUUUAGAUCUCUCAGACUUCCCUGUCCUGGCCAACCGUCCUAUGUCACACAUUCCUCCCAGUGUAUCGUCGCCAUCUUCAACAGCAACUUCCAGUUCGUUUGUUGGUCGUGCUAGUUACGGUUUAGUGUCAAAGCGAGGCGAGCCUACGACAGAGUUCACAAUGCUUAAUGAAGACUUUCCGGCUUUACCAGGAACCAUAAUUAAAUCAGAAGUCUCGGGCGAGUCUGCAAAUCAAGAGAAUAAACCAGCAAUUCAAAGAUUUGGGAACAGUUCCUCUUAUGAGCAAGCGGUGAAAGAUGAGAUGAGAACGGCCAGUCAAUCGCAAAAUACUCAACCAAUUAAAGGAAAAAUCCAAACGUCGCCUACCGGCACGAUCACUAAUAUUCCCAAACACAUGGUCACGGAUCAGUUUGGAAUGAUCGGAUUAUUAACAUUCAUCAGAGCAGCGGAAACGGAGCCAAAUUUAGUCACCCUUGCUCUUGGAAGCGACCUUACGACACUUGGUCUCAAUCUCAAUUCACCUGAGAGUCUCUAUCAGACAUUUGGCUCUCCUUUCUCAGACUCUCCUUGUAGACCACAUGAGAUAGAUUUCAACGUUCCUCCAGAGUACAGGAUAAAUUCCUACAUCAGAGAGAAGUUGGCUCCGUUUAAACUUGUCCGUUAUGGAGAAGAUGUGUUGUUUUAUUUGUAUUACACGAACGAGGGAGAUGUACUUCAACUAGCAGCUGCGGCAGAACUAUACUCACGUGACUGGCGCUAUCACAAGGAUGAGCGAGUGUGGUUAACCCGAGUUCCUGGUGUCGAGCCUUUACAAAAGACUGAAGCUUACGAAAGGGGAACUUACUAUAUAUUUGAUUACAUGAACUGGAGAAAGAUUGCAAAGGAGUUUCAUUUGGAGUAUAAGAAACUCGAGGAGAAACCAGCAUUACAGCCUUUAGCUACGCAGUGAGUACACGUAGGGGAAUAGGAAAGUCGGGGUGUCGCGAUUAAUUUUUUUUCAGGUUCAUAUAUUCUAAGUGUGUAGGGGUAAGUUUUCGAAACCGAAACAAUAUUUGUUGGUCAAGUAUCAAGGAAUGGAAAACGUCAAGAUCAAAUGAGCGCUCGUUAUGUCGAACCAUUGUUUUUUUCAUGCUUGACUAUCGGACCGGGAUGUUCUCAUUCCUUGACAUUUGUGAACUGAUCAACCUAGAUAUUAGAAUGGUUCUAGGAUACCGUGGCCUAUGGUUACGGGAAGCGUUAUUUUGUACAAUGAAUGGACCUUGUGCAUUAUAGAUCAACUACGAUCUAGGUAACAAGAAGGAAAUAACUCACCACAGCUAAAAAGAGCAUACUGAAACUGUAUAAACUAUAAUUGCCAAGUUUUGGCGCAAAAUGUCAGGUAUUACGGAAAACAUAGCCAUGCGAAGUUGGAAAUUUUGUAUACUUUUUUACUACGGCCGGAAGCGUUCAACUAAUUUAUUUA